UCACACCCUCCGUCCUGCUUCCUCCCCCUCACCAAGGACCUAUAAAAUAGCCACUUCUGCUUCAAGUUCCCCAGUCUCUUCCAGACCCGCAUCAUCAACAGAUCCAUCAUGAAGUUUGUUGGUCUAGCUCUAGCGCUUCUGCUGGCUGCAGGUUGCCAGGCUGACGCUCCAACUUCGUAUGAACACAUCAAAGCUGUGGGGGCAACCUACAUUAACCAGGCUAAGCAGACAGCACAAAAAGCUAUUGAUCAGCUUGAUGAUGCUGAAUUCAAGGAUUACAAGGUACGUCUCAAUAAGGGGAUGCAGACCAUUGAGAACUUCAUUACACAUAUCACUGCAUCCAUUGACCCAGUCGGACCCCAGAUAUUUGAGUUCCUUUCUUCUACUCGUGAGCAUAUUGUCAAAGACUUUGAGGCACUGCACAAGGAGCUGGAGCCUAAAUGUCAGGAGCUGCGCGCGGUUUUGAAGACGCAUUUUGAAGAGUACCGUGCACUGCUGGAACCUUCACUUAAGGAGUACUCUGAGAAGAACAGCCAGGUCGUGGAGGAGUUCAGGACCAAGUUUGAGCCUGUAGUCAAGGAAUUGAAGGAGAAAAUCAAGGUCAACCUGGAGGAGACCAAGUCCAAGCUGACCCCCAUUGUGGAAAUCAUUCGCAACAAGCUGAUCAAGGUCCUUGAGCAGCUGAAGGCCACAUAUGGACCCCAUAUCCAGGAGUACAGAGAGCAGUUUGAUAUUGUCAUAGACGACCUGCGCAAGAAGUAUGAAUCCGGGGAGCUGCAGGAGAAGAUCAAGAACUUGAUUGAUGAGCUCAGGCCCAAGUUACUGGAUAUCUACCACACCAUUGAGAAGGCUUUCAAGUCAUAAACACUCUCAUUCACCUUGCUCUGCCCACAGUGCUGCCUUAAAGUCUUCCAUCUUAAUUGCCUUACAUCCUGUUAUCAUCAGUUGUCUCAGUCUCUUGAAGACCUCUGUACUUACCAUUCACCACAUGAGCUGAUGCAAAAACUGGAUUUUUUUUCGGUCUACCUUCUGUCUUCCAGAAUGGCAUUUAUUCGAAAUUUACUGUAGAAAGCACAUGCUUCUGUAAACAUUUUUGUGAAACAUACUUAAAUGCAUUGCUGUGCUAAAAGAACAGCCCAAUAAAAUACAACAGUUUCAUGUUAAUUUC